GUAGAAAAAGGAAAAAAAAAAGAGCUCGCCCGUCUGAUUUCGAGACCAAAAUCGCUGCCAUUUCCAAAUCCAGGCGAUAAACCCUAAACCUCCAAAUUCAGAAAGCCCAUUUGGAAUCCAUUCCGCAUGCAUUGGUCAACCUACGUAUGGCAUCUUCAGAGAUCGAGGUAGUGUCAUCGGAAUCCAAAACGCAGCCGGAGCAAAGUCCAAACAACAACGCACCUACUGUGAUCGAUGUCUUCUCCGCUUCUGCUUAUGGAGAUUUCGAGAAAUUGCGCAAAUUUGUCGAGCAAGAUGGUGCUUCUCUCUCUAAACCUGAUGGCAAUGGGUACUAUGCUCUCCAGUGGGCGGCCCUCAACAACUUCGCUGAUAUCGCACAAUACAUCAUCGAGCAUGGGGGCAAUGUGAAUGCGGCUGACAAUUUGCAGCAGACAGCAUUGCAUUGGGCUGCAGUUAGGGGUUCAAUUGCUGUAGCAGAUGUGCUGUUGCAGAAUGGAGCUCGAGUAGAGGCAACCGAUGUAAAUGGCUAUCGGGCAGUUCAUGUUUCUGCCCAGUAUGGACAGACAGCUUUCUUAAAUAACCUUGUUGCAAAGUAUCAUGCUGAUUUUGAUGCACCAGACAAUGAAGGGAGGAGCCCUCUUCAUUGGGCUGCAUACAAGGGAUAUGCUGACACUGUUAGAUUACUUCUAUUUCGAGAUGCAAGCCAAGAAAGACAAGAUAGAGAAGGUUGCACCCCUUUGCACUGGGCCGCAUUAAGAGGAAACAUAGAGGCAUGCACUGUUCUUGUACAUGCUGGCACAAAGAAGGAGCUGACAGUGAAAGAUAAAGCCGGAUUUACCCCUGUUCAGCUUGCAUCUGAUAAAGGUCAUCGGCAUGUCGCCCUUUUCCUUUCUAAUGCACAACGUUCACAGAGCAAACACUGGGGUGACAAAAUUUGCCGUGGGAAGAUGGGGGACAUUGGCUAUGCUCCUAUCUUGUUGUCAAUUAUAAUCUUUCUCAUGUUUCUAUUUAUUAACUCAGUUAUUGCAGCUCCAAAUCUUCCAAAAAUAACUGCUGUUGUUGGACUUUGGGGAUGGGCCGCUCUUUCUCUGGCUGUUGCUGCACUGAUCAUGUUCUACAGGUGUAGUAGUAAAGAUCCAGGUUUUAUCAAAAGACUUGAAGAUUUGGGUAGAGAUAAAGAUGCAGAGGAUCCCUUAUUAAAUGUUGAUCUGAAUAACUGCUCUGUAUGGAUGGGUAAUUGGUCUCAGCUUUGCCCUACCUGCAAGAUAAUCAGACCCGUUCGCUCCAAGCACUGCCCUGCAUGUAAGCGCUGUGUGGAGCAGUUUGACCAUCACUGCCCUUGGAUAUCUAAUUGUGUUGGGAAGAGGAACAAACGGGAUUUUUUCAUUUUCUUAUGCCUGGGAACUUUGACAUCAUUCCUUGGUGCUGCUAUUACAAUUCAACGGAUCUGGACAGCUGUGGAGUCAUUGCAUACAGAAGGAAGAUGGAUUCGUUACGUGGUGGUUCAACAUCCUGGGGUAGUUACAUUUUUGGUUUUGGACAUGAUUAUUUUCAUUGCUGCCACAACCUUAACCACAGCACAAGCAUCGCAGAUAGCUCGGAAUAUCACCACUAAUGAACUUGCAAAUGCUGCUCGCUACGGGUACCUUCGUAGUCCAGAUGGACGAUUUCGGAACCCAUACAACCAUGGGUGCAGAAAGAAUUGUGCAGAUUUCCUUAUUCAGGGCUAUACAGAUGAUGAUGAAAUAGCUUGGCCACCAUUACAGCAGGCUGCCAGCUAGAACUAAUGCAAGGAGGUGCUGCUUUGCUAGGUGGAAUACUUUCUAGCAAAUGCCAAGAUUCUUGUAGUGUUGUGCAGUGCUCAUUCUUGUUGAUGUAUAAACUUGGUUAUUUUAGAGUACAUUGACCAUUAUAUGUACACUCAAUACCACAAAAUAGAAAAUAGAUGUGAAUUAGUUUCAAAAAUUUCCCUUUUUUUCAUGCUUUGUCUGUAACUUUGAAUAAUUUUCCUUCUAUGAGAACAAAAUGGUCCAGGAGAAAACUCUGCCAUUUGGGUUUGACAUCUGAUAGUGCCAUUUGGGUUACAGAGUUCAUACUAUCUCAGCUUGCCCGAUGGAUAACGUGAAUAUUAUUUAUGAAAAGUUAUGAUUCAGUCUUGCA